AUGGACUAUCAGGCAUAUUUGCAGAGACUGAAGCCAUUUCAGGAAGGUCAACCAGCCAAAAGGGACCUGGUAUUUAAUAAGAAACGGUAUCUGCUGAGCAAUGAAGAUGGUAAACGUCGUUUUGAUAUGGAGGGGACGACCAAGCGAUUUCAACAUCUAUUGGGCUUGAGUUCGUUGUUUAGGCACUUUAUUGAGCGUAAAGCAUCCAAAGAUGAAAGGUUUGAGAAGGUGUUACAACUUUUGGAUGAUUCAAAUGGGAAGAAGAAGAACAUGAAACAUGAAGAUAAACGAAGACGGAAAACGGAGCGUGAGGAGGAUGCAGAAUUGAUGAGGGAUGAGGAAGAAGAAUCGGAUAAUGAGGAGGGGUUUGAAUUUCAAUUCCGUGAGUCGCCAGGAUAUGUGAACGGAACUUUGAGACCGUAUCAAAUUCAAGGUCUGAAUUGGUUGGUAUCGUUGCAUAAGAACCAGCUAGCAGGUAUUUUGGCAGACGAGAUGGGUUUGGGUAAAACUUUGCAGACGAUCGCCUUCUUAGGUUACCUAAGAUAUGUUGAAGGGAAGCCAGGUCCAUUUUUAGUGAUUGCGCCGAAGUCCACCUUGAACAAUUGGCUCAGAGAAAUCAAGAAGUGGACACCAGAAGUGGAUGCGUUCAUACUACAGGGUGAUAAAGAUGAAAGGGCCAAGAUGUGUCAGGAAAGGUUGUUGGCAUGCGACUUUGAGAUAGUGGUUGCGUCCUACGAAAUUAUUAUUAAAGAGAAGGCAUCUUUUAAAAAAAUCGAUUGGGAAUACGUUGUGAUUGAUGAGGCACAUAGGAUCAAAAAUGAGGAGUCCAUGCUCUCUCAAGUUUUACGAGAGUUUACUUCAAGAAACAGGUUGUUGAUUACUGGUACCCCAUUACAAAAUAACUUACAUGAGUUAUGGGCGUUAUUAAAUUUCUUGCUCCCGGAUAUUUUUUCCGAUUCAGCAGCGUUCGACGAAUGGUUUUCUUCAGAAACAACUGGGGAAGAUAAAGAUACAAUCGUUAAACAACUGCAUACCAUUCUCCAGCCUUUCCUAUUGCGGCGUAUCAAAAAUGAUGUGGAAACUUCUUUAUUACCCAAGAAAGAAUUGAAUUUGUAUGUUGGUAUGGCUAGUAUGCAAAGGAAAUGGUACAAACAGAUUUUGGAAAAGGAUAUCGAUGCUGUAAAUGGUGCAAAUAGAUCAAAGGAAUCCAAAACCAGGUUGCUUAAUAUCAUGAUGCAGUUGCGGAAAUGCUGUAACCAUCCAUACUUGUUUGAUGGGGCUGAACCGGGCCCACCAUAUACUACUGACGAACACUUAGUCUACAAUUCUGCAAAGUUGAAGGUUCUGGAUAGAUUAUUGAAAAAAUUGAAAAGUGAUGGGUCUCGUGUAUUGAUCUUCAGUCAAAUGUCUAGACUCUUGGACAUUUUAGAAGAUUACUGUUAUUUUAGAGGUUAUGAAUACUGUAGGAUAGAUGGUUCUACUGCGCAUGAAGAUCGUAUUGAAGCUAUCGAUGAGUAUAAUGCACCUGAAUCAAAGAAAUUCAUCUUCUUAUUGACUACACGUGCUGGUGGCUUGGGUAUUAAUUUGACCACUGCUGAUGUUGUUGUACUUUAUGACUCAGAUUGGAAUCCUCAAGCUGAUUUGCAGGCUAUGGAUAGAGCUCAUAGAAUUGGGCAAAAAAAGCAGGUUAAGGUUUUUCGGUUGGUUACAGAUAAUUCUGUCGAAGAGAAGAUUUUGGAAAGGGCAACACAGAAACUCAGGUUAGAUCAACUUGUUAUUCAGCAGGGUCGGGCAGGAGUAUUAAAAAAGGAGAGUGCAAAGGGUGCAAAGGACGAGCUAUUGUCCAUGAUACAACAUGGUGCGGUCGAUGUCUUCAAGAGCAAUGAUACCAGCACUGCAUCUAGUUCCAAAGGCACACCGCAACCGGAAACAGGUGACAAGGAUGGUGAGGUUGAUUUAGAAGAAUUGUUAACUAAAUCCGAAAAUAAGACCAAGUCAUUGGCUGAAAAAUAUGCUGCCUUGGGACUUGAUCAACUACAGAAAUUCAAUCAAGACUCAGCAUAUGAGUGGGAUGGCAAGGAUUUUAAGAAGAAGAUCAAUAAAGACAUUAUCAGCCCAUUAUGGAUAGAACCCACCAAGCGUGAGCGUAAAGAAAAUUACUCUAUAGAUAAUUACUACAAGGGUGUUUUGAACACCGGUAGUCGUGUAAACCAGGCCGCCACUCCAAGAAUGCCAAAACCACAACCGUUUAAUAGUCAUCAAUUGCUCCCUCCUCAAUUAAAGAUUUUAUAUGAAAAGGAACGUAUGUGGACUGCAAAGAGGACUAAAUAUGUACCAACAAUGGAUGAUGUGAAGAUAACCUACGGUGAAGUUGAUGAUGAAGAAAAGAAAGUUAAAUUAGAACUUUUGAAGCUUGCUGUUGCAAAUGCACAACCGUUGACUGAGGAGGAAGAAAGGAACAAGGUUAAUUGGGAGAAAGAGGGUUUUCAUAAUUGGAACAAGAUGGAAUUCCGCAGAUUUGUUACUGCUAGUGGAAAAUAUGGUAGGAAUUCUAUUAAAGCCAUAACUAUGGAACUAGGUGGUACAAAAACUGAAGAAGAAGUUCGUGAAUAUGCGAAAGCUUUUUGGUCCUGUUUGGAAAGAAUAGAAGAUUAUGAAAAAUACGUAAAGGCCAUUGAAACAGAGGAAGAAAAGAUAAGAAGAGUCAAGCUGCAGCAAGAAGCACUGAGACGUAAAAUCAGCCAGUGUACCAACCCGUUGUUUGACUUGUGCUUAAAACAUCCUCCAUCGUCCAAUAAUAAGAGAACCUUUUCUGAAGAAGAAGAUAGAUUCAUUUUAAUCAUGCUGUUCAAAUACGGUUUAGAUAGAGAAAACGUAUACGAAUUAAUUCGUGAUGAAAUCAGAGAGUGUCCUUUAUUUGAAUUGGACUUUUAUUUCCAGAGCAGGACCCCUGCUGAGUUGCAAAGACGAGCUUUUACCCUACUGCAGUGCUUGGAAAAGGAAUUUAAUGCUGGUAUUACAACGAAUGAUGCAUUGAAGGCACGCAUGAAGGAGGAGGACAUUGCAGCUGAAUUAGCAAGAGAGGAAGAAGCUAAAAGAGCUAGAGAAGCAGAACAGGUAGAUCAUGAGACGACUCUGCCAGAUGAAGUCGAAGCCAAGAAGGUUAAAUUAGAAUAA